UGAUCGCGCGCGUCGUGCUCCGAAGUUCUGAACGAAAGUUAGCGGGAUAUUUGAUAGAAAUAUACGUUUUAGUCAGGCAAAUAAAAUUAUCGUGUUAGAAUUGAGUGACACAUUGAUAAGUAACUUUUUAUUGUUGGUUAUGAUUUGUUUGGGGAUUGUGUUUUGUACAAAGUGCUAGUGUCAUUUGGAUUGAUUGAUUUACUAUUCGCAAAUAAUUAUUAUAUACGUGUCACUUGCAAAUAGAAGUGAAAUUGAAAGAUGUUAAACGAGCGAAAAAUGAAUCGUCUGUUUCUACCUUAAAAGAUAGCGUGGAACUCACGUUACGAUAAAGAAUCCAGAAAGAAGCAUUAAGAAAGUAAACGAAUUCGGGCGUCGAUGGAAAUCUUGUAAGAUGAGCGUCAUCAUCACCACACCGUGCGAGCGUGAAGGUCGUUCUUGAAAAAGGCAAGAUGCGUUUACAAUUUGAAGUUGUAUUUCAGGCAACUAUUAUAAUCCUAUUAUGGAUAGAUUCUCCCAUUGCCCAUGGCAAGGAGACCUUCGACACACCCUAUUGUCCAAUCGGAUAUUCGCUUUUCUUCACGAAAAAUAAAAACGGCUCCUAUUGUUUUCGACGGAAAGGACCAGAAACAUUCGCAGACAAAUACAAAGAUUGUUCUGGAAAUUUAUACACAUCCAAAUUGUAUAAUGAUAUGAAUUUUACGAAACCAGAUUAUGUGAUAUGGACGGAGUACAAAUCUAUGCAUCCAGGGGGACUCUUCGUUGACUGGUCCUACACGAAAACUAUUGGAGAUAAAUUCGACGCGGUGUAUGAUGUUACAAUCGAUCCCUCGUUAGAUUUAGAGGAAGAAUUAUGCCUAGUUAUUGAUCCAGUUAGCAAUUAUACUGCAGUCAAAUGCAACGAACAGCAAUAUAGUUUCUGCGUUGUUAAAGCUUAUGAUUAUAAAGAUAAGGACGAAGGAUGUGAAGGAUUAAAGGAUUCUUUAAGGUUUUGGAGUCCGGAAUCUACAUGUUUGACUGCUUUGACUGGGGUUGGCGGAGGGGCAGUUCGAGCAACUUGGAACCAAGCCCAGGACCUUUGUGCGAAGAAAGGAGGUUCACUAUUGAACCGUGGGUGGAGACUCUCUAAUUACCCAAUGUUUCGUGAUUCAGGAAUAAAUUAUACAUAUCCGUUGGGUAUCGUAAUGAGCUCCGAUUAUUCCUUGUUGAGAUAUGAUGCGAUGAAUGACCAUAGUGAAAUACCACUGACUGAAUGGAAUUUUCAAAGCUUCUUUUACUAUAAUGACACUUUGUUUGGAUCUCUUCAUAAUGAUAUUUGGAACCUCGUAAAUAGUUCUUAUAUUUUCUAUGAUGUAAUCUGCGAGCAAUCUGUUCCUUUAAGCGACUUGACUUUGGAUGUUGCUAUUGAUUUGGAGAACAAAUUGACAUUGAAAACUAAUGUUACAUUGAGCGGAGAUGAUAUAUACUGCUUUACUGAUUCGGUAAACAGAUAUCCAGUGAAGAUUAACAAGAAACGUGUCGACGAAACGAAUGAAUUUGUCUUAAAACCUAAAGAUGACGGCUAUUAUUGGUGUACUCAUAUCAAUACCAAAAAAUAUAGAGUUAAGGAAUCAAAAAAGGUGUUGUUUGUUAGAGAAAAACAGUCGCUAAUUAAUGUAUAUGCAAUAAAAUUAAAGAACAAUAAGUUGUAUAAAUUGGACGAUUUGCCAAAACUUUUUAAAAUAUGGGAGAUGAAAUUGAAAGAAUACAUCUUUUAUAGAACAAAAUACAUUAACGUUUAUGGCGAAAUAAAUUCCAAUGUAACGGAAGAAGUUUUAAAAAGUUUCAAAAAUUCAGGACUCGGUCAAAACGAGAAAUCUGUGAUUCUUAAGAUGAAACUAAAGAGAUUGUAUAUGGAUAGACGAUCCGUGCUGGUGCACGUUGAGUUGAGCCCCGACAUGAAGCCGGUUGCGCCAGGGUUUUGGGAUCAAAUGGAGAUUUUAUCGAUGAAGCCAGUUUUUUACUGUAAAGGAUUUGAUACGAUUCCUCAAAUGGCGCUUGGAGAAUCAUUCACCACUGCUGGGUGUCGAACUCACAAGUGCGUCGGAAAUUUCAACGAGGGCGUCCAAUGGGUGACCACUGCCACAGCCAACUGUAGCCAAUACGUUGGUAUCGACAGAGCUUUUAGAGUUCAAGACGACAUUAUCAUGGUUAUGCCAUCCGUGAUGCCAUCAACAACGACGAUAUCACUGGCGACAGCGGACGACAGUGAUAGUUCUGAAGAAAUAUACGAAUCAAUAACAGAUUAUGUUAUUAUAACAACAACGACAGUAUCGGAUUAUCGAAAGCAGACAACAAUAAGUUCGCCAGUAACAGAAUCAACAACUUUAGCUAAUGUAAUUGAUACUUCUGAUAUAACUGUCGAGAGUACGACGGAGUUGUUUGAUUUAACCACUUUGAAUAUAACUACUGAUAAAGAUAAAGAAUGUUCGGAAAACACUACAACCACACCAUCUUCUACACCUUCAACUCCUAUUACUAGACCGCCGGAAGAACAACUGGAGCAAGUUCUUCAAGACCUGGACAGGUUGGUGAACAAUGGCAGCAUGCCUGUGAUGGUUGACGACAUCGACGAUGUAUUUAAUCAGGUAGACAACAUCCUGCAAGUUCACGAUAGCCUGGAAAUUCCGGGACAAUUAUUACACCUGCUGGAUCAACUCGGUUCUGCCAUAGAACUGAACGGUUCAAGUAGUGCAGCUGCCGUUAGAGGGAACAUCGCAAUGUUGAUGGCAGAUGCCACUCCUAACCAGCCUGUGAGAGGCUUGAAGAUAGCAACCAGGGACACCGACGUCUUUACGGAUGACGCAUUUGAGAUAUUUUCAACUGAACCGAACUCAACAGUCCUGGACGCAGAGAACAACGAGGUGGUGGUCCACCUUCCGCAGUCCGUGUCAGAAACGUCUCAUCGCAUAAGCUUCGUCGUGUUCAGAAACGACAGAGCCUUCCAGCCUACCGACGGAUUGUAUUCCGUUAACAGCAGAGUUCUGAGCAUCAAGGUUGGGGAGGUCACGCAGUUCGAGAACGGGGAUGUAAUCGACAUUCACCUUAGCCCUAUGACAUCAGAUCCGAACCGUAAUCAGAGUCGAACUUGUGCUUACUGGGAAUUCCUCAACAAUGGAUCUGGUUAUUGGUCUCAGGAAGGUUGCACUCUCAUCCUUGCCACGCAACCAGGUAUGUUAGAUACUUGCAGAUGCACCCAUCUCACUCACUUCGCCGAGGUUCUUUUUCCACGAAGUGUUUUCUCUCAAAAGGAUGAAGACACCCUUGAACUUCUCACCAUCAUCGGUUGCUGCCUAUCCCUUUUUGGAUUAAUACUCGUGGGAGUCACAGCUGCAAUCUUCAGGUCCUGGAGGAGAGACUUCAGCAACAAGAUCUGGCUACAACUCUGCAUAGCUAUUUUUAUGGUAGCACUAAGCUUCUUAAUAGUAAUUUUCGCGAAAUUCAAUCAAUACAACGUAUUUUGUAUGCUGAUCGGGAUAAUUUUGCAUUAUUCGGUACUCGCCUCAUUCUGCUGGAUGCUGGUUGCAGCUGUCUUAUCGUAUAGAAGAUUGGUUCUUGUCUUUACUAGAGACGCUUCACACAAGCUGCUCAGAGCUUCCGCGUUUUCAUGGGGAGCUCCCUGCGCGAUCAUUGGUGUUCUUCUCUCAAUCAACCCUCAGUCAUACGCGGGUCCAUUCGAAGAGAAGACACCUAGUGCAUCCUUUUGUUACCCUUCCGGUUUGGGUCUCUGGCUAGCGGUCUACGCACCGAUAGCUACCAUCUUGCUAGUGAACUGGACGCUAUUCGCUCUAAUAGUACGUUCCGUGUUCGCGUCUAGAGGUAUUCAAAGGCACGGGGAUACGAAUGAGGCGCUUCGAUGCGCGUCAGUCAGCUGCUUAUUAGUUUUCUUGUUCGGCUUGCCUUGGAUUUUCGGUCUCUUCGCUUUUAAUGUCGUCGCUGCUUACUUUUUCACGUUAACAGCGACAUAUCAAGGCUUGAUGUUGUUCCUAUUCUUUGUCCUCGGUAAUAAGAAGACCAGGGAUUUGUGGUUGAAUAAGCUUAAGAUCAAGCAGACGCGUAAAGUGCCAGUUACGUCAUCCACUUAUUCUAAUAGGAGUACCGGUUGGAGAGGGGGUACUCAGGGUAUGAACUUUGAAGCUAAGGCUUCAAAGCCCAAGUCCCUUGCGCAGGAUGAUUCUAGAUUCUCUUGACAUAAGCUGAAGAAGAUAUCUCCUUGAAAACGUUUAAAGAACUUAAUUUGUAAGUUCUUAUAACAUUUAAAGUUCAACUGCUAAUUAUAUAUUUUGUUUUCUUCUUGAAUCUUCUUUUUCAUUAAACAAUAAGCUUAUACUUGGGACAUUGUCUUCUUUUCGUCAGGUUAAUGAGCCAAGCUUCUGCACUCGACGGGUUCAUUAUUCUGAUUAACGUCGAUAUCCUCAGAAAACUCAUACGUUACAUUAAAGCAGAACAUUUCCGUUUCUUUGGCACUAAUUGUGCGUUUAAUACGAUUAUGCAAUUUUUUUGUCAAACCUUCAACGUUCUUAUUGAUAUAUGAUAAUAUUAUAAACUGUAUCUUUAUUCAGUAUUCAUGAAAUAUUGUAAACUAACUAUUACAUAAUGUAUGUACAUAUAUAUCGGUUUAUAUACGUUUCGAUGCUCGUGAGGUUUCUUAAACUUCUUUGGCAAUAUUUUUAACUUAAAUUUUUAGUCUACUCAUCCACUCUACUACUCCUGUCUUUAUGUUGGACAUAGAUUAAAAUUCUAAAUUUUAAAUUAUUUCAUAUUCAAUUUUUUUUAUUAACAUGGAAACCCAAUUGCGAGGCUUGAUAAGAACGUGCCUUUUAAACUUGAAUUAUUUUCAUAAUAUCGAUUUUCGAUAUCUAUCUAGUCGUACAAUUUACUCGUAAGUUUUUAUUCAGGAAUAGAGUAAGUAGUAUAUGCAUAUGCAUAUUUUAGUAUAUCUAUUUAUACAUG